GGAGGAGGAAGAGAAAUUUAUUAAGGAGAUGAAGAAGGACCAAUCAGACGAGUAAGAAGAAAAUCAGUGUCACUAGUCACGGAGGCCAAAAAAAGUCCCAAGGAGAAAGUGCCUCAAAAGAGGGAGUCCCAGGCUGCAAAACCCAAGUAAUAUUAUAUUGCAGAAGUGUCCAGUGGAUAUAAAGGAAUGGAGGGCACUAGUUACCUUUGCAAAAAUCAAGACAAUAAAGUAGUGGGUGUGGGAAUCAGCCUAUGGUGGGGAGAGAAGGCAGAAGGAAGUGAGAAAGGAGAGAAUUAAAAUUAGGCAACUCAAGGCCAGGGAUUUAGCUCAGUGGUUCUGGCGCCUGCCUUGUAAGUGCAAGGUCCCAAGUUUGAUCCCUGGUACCAAAAAAAACAAAACAAAAAAAUAAAAUCAGGCAACUCAGAGAAUACAGCUGGGAAGAGAGCAGAGGUGACAUCUGCAUAGGUUUUUAAAAGCUGGACAAGAGUGGUGGUUGGAGUCCACCCAAGAUCUCCCCAGUGUGGAAGGAAAGGGAGAGAAAAUAGAGUCAAAAAGGGGGGUUCAGGACAGCUGUGGAGAGAGAUGAUAAGGGUUGGAGGGAGCCAAUUCCCUGGGUCACAGGCAUCCCUAUCAGGUUGGCAUUUCCUCCCCAUUCCCAUCCCCUUCUUGUCACUGGCCUAGCCUUCUCUGGAGCUAGAAAAGGGAAGGACUAAGUCACAGCCUGGAAGAAACUCUGUGCCCUCGGAGGUCUUUCUCCCUGCCUGUCCCCAUGCCUCUCCUCCUCUUGCUGCUUAUGCUGCCAAGCCCCUUAUACACCUCUCUCAUCUGUGAGACUGAGAUUGAGGUUGUGGGCAACCUGGUGAGUGUGAACUGUGAAAGCAUGAACCUGAAAGGACUGCCUACAGACUUGCGAGCAGACACAGCCAUCCUCCACCUGGGUAAGAACGUCCUAGUCACCUUCUUCAUGAAACCCCUGGUGCCUUUCACUCAUCUUACUCAGCUGUACUUGGAUCAUACUGAGCUGACCAGUCUGCAGACUGAUGCAAUUUUGCCAUCUUUGAAGACCCUGGAUAUAUCCCACAAUAAGCUGAAAACACUGCCCUCUCUAGGGCUGGCAGUGCCUGCGCUCAAUACUCUGGAUGUUUCGUUUAACCAGUUGACCUUAUUGUCUCCUGAUGCCCUGGCUGGCCUGAGCCAACUCCAUGAGCUCUCCCUGCAAGGUAACAAGCUGAAGACUUUGCCCCCUGGACUCCUGGCAUCCACAUCUCAGCUGAAGAAGCUCAAUCUAGCUAAUAACCAGCUGAAUGAACUGCCCCCUGGGCUCCUGAAUGGGUUGGAGGAGCUUGACACCCUCUUCCUCCAAAGUAACUGGUUAUGUACAAUACCGAAGGGUUUCUUUGGCAACCUCCUCCUGCCUUUUGUUUUUCUUCACAGCAACCUCUGGCAUUGUGAUUGUGAGAUCCUCUAUUUCCGCCGCUGGCUUCAGGACAAUAAAAAUAAUGUCUACUUAUGGAAGGAGGGUGAGGAUGUCAAGGCUAUGACCCCCAAUGUAGACAGUGUACUGUGUGUCAAUUUGGGCAACAUCCCUAUCUACACAUAUCCAGGCAAGGACUGCCCCACCAUUGGUGACAGCGAUGACACAGGCUACGAUGACUAUGACAUGACCCCUGAAGAUGGUAUGGUGCCUGCCACAAGGGUUGUGGUCAAAUUCUCUACCAACACCAAAGCCCAUACAACCCACUGGGGCCUGCUCCACUCAGAAGCUACCUCUCCUCUCGACAAACAAAUGCCACAUGAAUCCACUGAAAAACAGACCACAUUCCCACCUACAUGGAUCCAAGGUUCCUCCACAUUCCUGAUGACCAUGGAAUCCACCACAUUCUCCAAAACCCCCAAACCCACUACUAAACCAACCACAACCCUGACUAUUCCAGAACCUACCACAACCUUGACAACUGCAGAGCCAACCACAGCUCCAACCAUCCCUGAAGCUACCACAACCCAGACCACUCCAGAACCCACCACCACAAUACUGAAGACCUCAGAACCCACAGCCCCAGCUGCUCUAGAACUUACAGCCUUAACUACCCUACAGACCACCUCGACCUCAGCUACCCAAGAAUCUACCACUCCAGAACUUAAAACUGUAAAUUUCUCAAAGCUCACCACAAUUUGGACCACUCUAGAACCCACCACAACUUGGACAAGCUCUGAGUCUACCACAACUUGGAUCACCUCAGAAUCCACAAUUUGGACCAACCCAGAGCCCAUUACAGAACUGCCUUUUAACACAGAAACUACCUUACUCUCUAGUUUCUUAGAAUCAAUCACGACAGUCACUCCAGAAUUUCUCAACUCCAUAAAGGUGCUAGGAGUAGCUCAAGGGAAUUUUGAUAGCUCCAGAAAUGACCCUUUUCUCAAGCCUGACUUUUGCUGUCUCCUCCCUCUUGGCUUCUAUGUCCUGGGUCUCCUCUGGCUCCUGUUUGCCUCUGUGGUCCUCAUCCUGCUGCUAACUUGGGUUUGGCAUGUGAAACCACAUGCCCUGGUCUCUGGUCAGUCUGUGACCCUGACCACAGCCAUGCACACCACACGUGUGGAGGUACAGAGAGGAAGGCAGAUAACCAUGCCUCGGGCCUGGCUGCUCUUCCUUCAAGGAUCGCUCCCCACUUUCCGUUCUAGCCUCUUCCUGUGGGUAAGGCGUAAUGGCCGUGUGGGGCCUCUGGUAGCAGGACGGCGGCCUUCAGCCCUGAGUCAAGGUCGUGGGCAGGAUCUGCUGGGCACAGUGGGCAUUAGGUACUCUGGCCACAGCCUCUGAAGGUGAGAGGUUUGGUGGACCCUUGAGAGAGGCUUGUAUGGGUUGUCCUACUGGGAUCUACCUGGGGUGACAGUGUAAAACACACAGGAUCACAAGGUCUUAAUUUACUUUUCCUUUCCUGAAGGCUUCUUUUCACGUUCAGGAACACAGUCCCAGCCCCACAAAUCAGGAGGGGUAGUGAGAUGAUGGAGCUGGGUCAUCAAGCCAAGCUCCCUACGUGCUUAGGGGUUGCCAGGCCACACAGUUAACUGCCAUCACAUUUGGGAAGUUUUUUUUUUUCAGGUCAUUUCAUUUUGGGGGCGGUGGUUGGUAGUUAAAGCACAUAGGCUAGUACAUGGCCCCCAUAUGCAUCUGUACAAAUAAGAAAAUUUGGAAAUUUUUCAGAAUGUAUUUUGAGUGUCAUAAAUAUGAAUAAACUUCCUCUCUCUGCUUAGCAUUUCCUAGCUUUCCAUCAUAACUGUAUAUUAUUUGUACAGUUUUAAAAAAACUUUAAAAAGAAAAUAUAGUUUCCUUUGGAGAAGAGUGACUGCAGCACCUGUCACAAAAAUUCCCAAGGUCCCACCUGCACUCACUCUGGUUCCAACAAACCUCCAGUCAUAGCCUAUACUUCCCCUGCCUGGGUCCCUGCCCCCUGAUGGCAACCCACCAGGCCACCUUAAGCAGCAGCUCCAGAACAGAACAGUAAGUCCCCUGGAGCUGAGUGACACUGCAGAAGCCUCUGCCUGCAGCCUGCAGCCCUGGGAUGAAAGUGGAUACCUGUUUGGACCUCCAGUCUCAGAAAUGCACUCUCCUCACUGUCCAGGUCAGUGGUACAGGGAGACUGUGGGCGGUCUGGCAAUGUGUCAUUGUGUGGUGGGUUUGACUGAAAUCUUGGUUUUUCAGCACUUGAGCCAGGAUGUAAGGAUAUGAGACCCUUCUCCCCUCUCAUUCCGUUUUUUUUUUUUUGGUACCAGGGAUCAAACUUGGGUCCUUGCACUUGCAGGGCAGGCAGUGGAACCACUGAGCUAAAUCCCCGGCCCACAUUCUGUUGAUUCUGCCAUUUUCUAACCACACUGGUGAAACUUCCUCUUCUGCCCAAUCCUCAGUCGAAUCUUGGGCUUAAGGGUAACUCAGAGAACGGGGGUGAAAGCUGGGUCUUUUUGGCUUGAGAUCCCCUUGCAGAUGGAUAUGUAAGGGGUCUUAGUAACCUGAGAAUCUGGUCUUAUCUUUCUCUGGCUUUAAACUUUUCUUUGGGUAGAGAAACUUCUUUUGUGGUACUGGGGAUCAAUCCAGAGCCUCAUACAUGAGGUACACCCCCGGCACCAGGACAAACUCUUUUGAAUUUAGCAAUUGAGGAUUUCCAUGCACUGAAUCUAACAGUCUUCAGUGCUUAAGCCACUGCAAAUGCCUAACAGAUCAUCUGCUCCCAGCCAUAUUUCUCCUCUGAGUUACCAUCCUCACUCUAGCCAGUUCUGACCCUGGUCCUCUUCCCAAUCUGUCUGACUGCUACAUGAGAGUCCCUCCUCCUAGGUAGACCAAGUAUUCCAAGUUACCUUGUAAUAGUCUACUGUUACACUUCAUCUCCCAAUCUUCCUGCUAGAUUUGAAAUUCCUUCAGGCCAAGGUGCAGGUUUCAAGUGUCUCAGAGCAGCCACCGUGCCCCAGGACAGUGGGCAUGGAGGGGUAAGAAGGGAAGCUGCAGUAGGGGCACCAGGAUGCUGAGCUCCUCCACUUCUGUUCCAAAGGCUCGGCCAAGGGGAUAGCUCUCACCUGCUGCCAGCCCAUUCCCUGGCCUGGCACACAGCCCUCAAACUGCCCAGCACUUCCCCUGGUUUGACCUUUCCAUGCCCCUUUAUGCUCCAAGAGAUUUGUAAGCUCCUUGAAGCAGGGCCUGGGAGUCAUACUUUGCAAAAAAUAGAUGAGGCAGACAUGUUCUCCAGCCAGCCCAGGGUUCUGGCCAAUACCCUCCCUUUCCUCAAACUUUGGGUCUGGUUCCCAUGUCCACCCCAUACAUGCUGCCUCUCUACCCCUCACCCCUGGGUCUGCAGCCCUCAAAUCAUCCUCCUACACUCCCACUGGCUUUAGCUGCAAAAGUAAUCACUAGAUCCGAGGCCUUUCCAGAGGAUUAUGUGACAUGAUUUGUAUGUCUGCUGUAUUCUUGGGCAAAUGGCUUAGAAGCAACACACAAGGUCAGAGUUUUGAUUUUUUUUGCCCUGUCACCUGCUGUGGCAUGACUGAUUUACAUAUAAUUUCCAUAAAACCAGCUAGUGCUUUAUUUUUUUGCGGAACCAGGAAUUGAACUCAGGACCUUGCACUUGCUAGGCAGGGGCGGUACCACUGAGCUGCAUCUCUGGCCUUUUAACAUUUUUCUUAAAAACUCUAGGGCCGGGGA